CAAACCAUCUGAUUAUCGAUAAGCUCAUACAACGCAUGUCGUAAUCGUAAUUUGUUAAAAAUUCCCUUAAAAUCAAUUAAAACUUUGUUAAAAUGGCUCAAAGUAGGCUGGAAAAGAUCGGCACCAUCUUCACCAGAGUUCAGGGUCUGCUUCGUGGUGGGGCCAUGAAAACAGAGGAUAAACCCAUUUGGUACGAUGUUUACGCCGCCUUUCCGCCGAAGCUGGAGCCCCGAUUCGACAGACCCGCUCCCGAGAUCCCAGUGCGCAACAUAUUCUAUGCUGAGGAUGUGGUGCGAGCGAAGCUGCAUAAGCAAAAUAGGCCACAGGAAACGAUAUCUCUGUUUGAUCAUAAGCGCAGCACGCAGUCGCAGCAGUUUGUGCAGAUCUACCAGGACUUGAAGAAACAGGGCGCCCUGGAUGAGCAAAGGAUCUACGAGACCGCUUUGGACCUUCUGGCCGAGCAGCGCCAGCAAUCCCGACUGGAGGCCUCCCCGGAGGAUUCCCUGCCCGAGCAGGACGCCGAAUCAAAGACCCAGCUACUGAGCGACUUUAAGGAGGUUGUGGAAAGCCAGCCGGCCAAGUCGCCAUCUUCUCCUGCUUCACCCAAAGCAAAAAAGGACGCUGGCGUGGGCAUUAACAUAGACAGCUUGUUCAAGGAUUAGGCGUACAAUCUUUUAUAAACUUAAAAAUAAACUUGUUAUGUAUCAAA